AUGCGGUAUAUAUACGCACCCCUACUUCCACCUCAAUUGUACCCCACCACAAAGGACACUUCACAUCGUCACUUUCUACUAGCUCGAGACACUUUGCGAGUCCUUUCACCUUUCCGCCAUCUAUCUCAACCCUUUGUCGGUCGAGUCAUCUUUGAGCGACGCCGCCAGUUAUCUUGCCAGCGACUUGACACCUCAUCGAUCAUCGAUCACCCAAUCCUUCGACUUCUUCGCCGCUCUCUUCCGUUCAAACCAUCCCACAUCGAAACUAUAAUGCCUUACUGCGACCGCUGCGACCGCUCCUUCAAGCAUUGGGCCGCCUAUCGCCAGCACAUCGCCGACUCCAGUUCUCACAACGAAUGCGACGAUUGCGACCUCGACUUCGAUACCUGGACGGGGUUAAAGCAGCACUGGGUGCAGAGUCCACGUCAUGACUACUGCCAAUACUGCGAUGAACACUUCGACGACCAAGACGAUCUCAUCGAACACUACGAAGACGAACACUAUUACUGUUCGGACUGCAAUCGGGUUUUCACGAGCGAACGUGGGCUCAAUGACCACUAUCGCGAAUCGAAUAAGCACCACUACUGUGUUUCAUGCGACAAACUCUUUGCCUCUGCGAACGGCCUGAAGAAUCACCUCAACUCCUCCAUCCACCGCCCCAAGGACAAUAUGUGUCCCUUCCGUGGAUGUGACAAGAGCUUUGUAUCCCGUGGUGCACUCGUGCUUCACCUCGAGAGUGGCGCGUGUUGUUCAGGGAUAGACCGUGAGACCGUGAACAAGGUCGUCCGAAAGUAUGACAAGAAAGGCAUCAUUACAGACCCUUCUCGUCUUCUAACUUCGGGAUCAAGCGGCAACCAGAACAUCACGUAUAUGGCGACGGCCGCGUCCUGGAACGGGGAUGGGUACGAAUGCUACCUGUGCGACAAGGUUCAUCAGAGCCUCGCAGCCCUCAACCAGCACCUGGCGAGCCCACGCCACCAGAAGAAGUUCUACAUCUGUCGUGGGCCGAAAUGUUCCCAGCGCUUCAACACCUUGAGUGGGCUGAUUCAGCAUGUUGAGAGCGAGAAAUGUGGUAUAUUGAAGAUCAGGGCUGUCCGAGAUGCGAUGGACAAUGUGUUGGGCCGAAUGGCCAGGAUUACGAUCUGA